UCGCGGCGGGACGGGGCGGCCGCUCCUGGCGCUUCGCUCCGGCCUCGGGCCGCCCCUCGGACCCUGAGGUGGGUGCUGCUCCCUGCGGACCCCGCGGCUUUCCCCUAUGCGCUGUAGCUCUCCUCCUUUUCGGACUCGCCCUGCGGCGUGAGGCGCGUCGCCCUCAGGGCCGCGCCGGCUGCUGACCCCCUUGAACCCCUCAGGUUUAUUCUCUUCGUCCGCCGCCGCCCCUCAGGGGCUCCUGCUCACCAUGAGCUACGGCCGCCCGCCGCCCGAUGUGGAGGGCAUGACGUCCCUCAAGGUGGACAACCUGACGUACCGCACCUCCCCGGACACCCUCCGGAGGGUCUUUGAGAAAUACGGCCGCGUGGGCGACGUCUACAUCCCGCGGGACCGCUACACCAAGGAGAGCCGCGGCUUCGCCUUCGUGCGCUUCCACGACAAGCGGGACGCGGAGGACGCGAUGGACGCGAUGGACGGGGCGGUGCUGGACGGCCGGGAGCUGCGCGUGCAGAUGGCCCGCUACGGCCGCCCGCCCGACUCGCACCACAGCCGCCGCGGGCCGCCGCCCCGCCGGUACAGCAGCAGCGGCUACGGCCGCCGCAGCCGCAGCCCUAGAAGACGCCGUCGCAGCCGAUCUAGAAGCAGGAGCCGCUCUAGGUCCCGCAGUCGGUCCCGCUACAGUCGAUCCAAAUCCCGGUCUCGCACACGCUCUCGGUCUCGCUCCACCUCCAAGUCCAGGUCUGCCAGGAGAUCCAAGUCAAAGUCCUCAUCUGUCUCCAGAUCCCGCUCCAGGUCAAGAUCCCGGUCCAGAUCUAGAAGCCCUCCCCCUGCCUCAAAGAGGGAAUCCAACUCUAGAUCCAGGUCUAAGAGCCCUCCUAAGUCUCCGGAAGAAGAAGGAGCUGUAUCCUCCUAGGAACAUGGUAAUGUACCUCGGGAUCAGCACAGGAUGCAUGUUACUUUAUUAGAGCACUUAGGCGGGGUGUUGGGUAGUGCUUGGAGCAUUAAUAGCCUGAACCAAGUGAAUCCUAGUGGGGCACAUUGUUAGUUGUUGGUUUUGGUUUUUUUUUUCUUGAGCAGUGAUUUUUUGGUUAUUGAUUUAGGGAAAUAAUUACUGAAGGGUUUUCUACGGAGGAAUUUUUUUUUUUAAACAGAGAAAAUGUUUUAUUGCAAGAUUAAUGCCUUGGUUUUAAUAAAAUAUUGUAUGAGACGCAACCUAUGAUGAAAAUGACUAUUUCUUACUGUAUUUAUCCAACAUCUGCAUUUUCCCCUUUAAAGCUGCGGUCUCCUGUUUGCUAAAAGAAUAUUGGCCAGUAUUGCAGAUUUUAACUGAUUUGGCUGAUCCUCCAGGGACCAGUUUCUGUGGGCGUGUGUUGGAGCAGGUUUGUCUUACACUGUUAAAGAUACACUAUCCUUUUAGAACGAAGAUCGGUUCAGUGGCCGUUGUACUGACUGGAGGUAAUAACUGUCCUAGAAAAGUGGUAAAUUCCUUGCAACGAGAAAACCACGGAAACUAGUUUUUCCUCAAGUCGACAUCUUGAAGAGGCAUCUAAGGAUACACCGGGUGGGGAAAGGAUAGUGUGUCUUUAACCCUUCAAACUGUUUGGUCCUGUUUUUUAAAAGGAAAGGGCCUGAGCUAGCUCUGGAUUUAGAUAAUUGUAGCAAAAUUAGUCACAUUUUCAGUUCUGAUUGCUAAUUAGAGCUUAGUUAAGUCUUUAUGAAGAAUUACUAGUUUUGUAACUUUUAUAGAACUCUGAAUAAUUGAGUGGUGAACAGGCUGAAUUGAAGUUAAUGGUGGCUUGAUCUACAGCCUGGUGCUUAUUCUCCUUUGUAACUAAAUAUUUUGACCAAACAUUACAUUUGGCCUCUGAAGUAAAGCAACACACACGGGGGGGUGGUGGAACACUGUGGAAAUUCCUAAAACUUAAUUAAAUUAGUCAAAGCCAGUUGAAACACAACUAGAAGUAUCCCUGAAGUCAUCCACACCCAAAAUGGACAAGGUAGAAACCUGGCUGAACUUUUCUCUCUUCAAACCUAGAUGCUUCAGCUAAAUGAGAACCCAGAUAAAGGACGCCUUUGGGGGGAAAAGAUCGCUUGAGUCUUCAGCCCGUUGGAGAGACCCUGGCCGAGCAACCAGCUGUUGAAAAGGUUAUUUUGUAACAUUUUGUCUAACUUUUUACUUGUUUAAGUUGCGCCUCAAGUGGCAGAUUUUACAUUUUAUGUGCCAUUUUGUUGCUGUUAUUCAAAUUUCUUGUAAUUUAGUGAAGUGAACGACUACCGAUUUCAAUAUUGGCUUGGAUAUUUGAGGUAAAACUUCAUUUUUGUUUAUGUAGUGCUGACUUCUAUUGGAAAUUAAAAUCGAUGGUAACUUGCUGCCUCCAGUUUCAUACUGAGGAAUCAUGCAGCCAUUAUAUGCUGAUAGCUAACUGUCAAAAAGUACUCUCAAUUUUAUUUUGAUUCCUUAAAUAAGUCCACAAAACUUCAACUUGGAACUUACUGU